AUGUUGAGUGCAGUUGCAGACUGCUCUGUGCUGCAGACACACGGCAAGGUCAGCACGAGACACAGGCCCCAGGGGAGAGCGAGAGAUCGUCUCUCUGUAGCACACGCCGCGGUCGAAGCGAUGCCUUCGUCUAUCACAAGCCCGUGCUGGCUGCUGCUAUUGGCGCUCCUCAACGCUCUCGCGAGAGCAAGGGCGUUUUCUUUGGGAAUCAACGCGAGAGGGAGCGUGAUUUCAUGUCGAACUUGGUGCGGGGAAGACACUGCUGUGACCGGCACGAUCCGGCCGGGAAGAGGGUCGCCACUCCGCAUGAACCAAUCUUACAAGAACGACGCAGAGGCGGAGUUCUACGCGAAGCGGUUGCUGGACCUCAUCACGCACAACACUUUGCUGACGGCAAAUACAUACUGGAUGGAGCUCAGAGGAAACAUGUACAUCGAGUGGCUUAACAGGUACAUCGAGGAACGGGGGGGUGUUGAGGACGUCGGCUGGCAUGCCUUCUUCGCCGGUAUGCUGCGAGCACCUCCAGAGGAUGUCGUCGUCAAGAAGCUCAUCAAGAGCCCUAGGGGGGGCUCAGGCAACAACCCUUUCCUGGCUGACAGGAAGCCUGUGGAGUACAACGAGACGAUUGAGCCAACGACCAUCGCGCGCCGCCUCAUGGAGAUCCGGGAGCAGGUGGCGGAGCAGCUCGGCUCGGACCUGCAACAGAUCGCUGCGGAGAACGCUCGGCUGCAGGCAGACUACCACUUCGAGGCGAGCUCCGAGCUUGGGCCGGACCGAGCCCAAGCUUUGCGUCUCUCAAGUUUGAAACCGAUGACCGACGUGGAUCCCUCUUCCGGUACCGGCAACCCACCGCGACGACGCUCUACCUACAAGGACGCUUUAGAGCUCGUGACGGCGGCGAGCAUGAGGCGCGUCAAGACGGAGUUGCGAAUACGAGGGGAUAUGGUCACAUUGGACUGGUUGGAUCGUUUCUCGAGCCGCGAGCUGGAGCAGAGGGGGAACGCCCUCCUUGAGUCUCUGUUCGCGGGGCCGAUGGUGCUCAUCAAGGACCCGCUCCGUGAUCGGCCACAAGUUGUCGAGCCACUUAAGGUGGCCCAGGAGAUCAUGCAGGGCAGAGAGGUCGUAGCCGAAGAGCUCAUCACGGUCUUGAAAGGGGUGCCACAAGAUCACCUUGCGAUGACGGUUUCGCUUCUCAACGAGAAGUGGGAAUCUACAGGAGAUCCGGAAAGCGGAGAACCGGAUUUCCGCGAGAGCUAGGCGCUGGCCUGUUGAUAAACGGUGUGCUCUUCUUGUAUGAUGGGCCGCGAGAUGUAAUACAGUGUCGCGGGUGUGAUGUAAUUUGCUGGACGAAGGAGUAAGACCUCGAGUAGGGUACUGCUACACGUAAUGAGCCAGGGUCUUACGAGCAACAUCUUCGUCGAAACUUGUACAUGACGUGUAUAUGGUAUGGGGUGGCGCAUGCACCCCGAAACCACCCUCUUAGAGUUUCGUUUUCGCAGUCGCCUGUGGGAAUGGGUGAAAAAUCAACCCUUGUCCUCUCCGCGCAUUGAUGUUUGGCAUUUCACGUCACUAAUAGUGUCUGCACCAAGAUUGGUCGUGAAGGAUGUCAAGAAACGGGUCUGUCCCGUCGUUUGUUCGGGUCCAAGUCCCAACGAGAAAGUGUCUCGAGUGGCUGUGUUUCCCCAUCACACAAGGGUUGGGUGUGAUCGGUAGGGUUUCAAGUCUUGGGGUAUUAGAAAAGUAUUGCAUAACUCACGGUAGAAAUACGAAAGGGUAUCGGAAGUGUCACGGAACUCGACAGAACGCAUUGGGUAUGUGAGCAUGUUGUGACCCCAAGUGCAUGCAGGCAGCAAGUGGCUUACGGUGCCGGCUCGACUUGACCGUCGCGGACAGUCGUAUGCAGUCAUACUCUCUAGUCACAGGUAAUGAAAACGGAGCAACACUCAUGUUCUUU